AUGCGUUUUAUUCAAGCUCUUGGUAGUGCUGUAGCACUUGCCAGUCAUGUGUCCGGCCAAGUGCAAUCUACACGCGUUUGCGAUGGACUGACAAACGGAAUUUGUUGGUCAACAUAUACCACUACAGAUGGCAUCCAGUAUUCAGUCGCUCUUCCAUCAAACACCACUGCUCCGGUAGAUGCAGUGCUCAAAGUUGUAGCACCGGUAAAGGUUACGUGGGCAGGAUUUUGCUGGGGAGGAACCAUGGUAUUCAAUCCACUCACGGUAUCUUGGCAGAAUGGCAAGUCAGCUAUUCCUUCAUCGCGUUUCGCGUUUGGACUGAAUAUGCCAGCACCUUACGACGGAGCAGAGUAUACAAUGUUGAAAGGCACUACAUCCAAUGCCACUCACUGGACAAUGAUAGCCCGCUGCAGAGGGUGCACUCAGUGGCAAGGAAGCGAUGGUGAAAUGGCCACACUCAAUGCCACCGGCGAGACAACAUUUGCUUUCGCACAAGGAUCAUCUGCAGUUGCACAACCAUCGAACAAUGCUUCCAAUUUCGGUGUGCACUCUAAGUUCGGGACUUGGACUCAUGACUUGAACGCUGCGCGUAAUCUAAAUUUCGACAGCUGGGUUGCCACUAAUGUUGAAGCACCAGUCGUUGUUACUACCAGUGCAACCUCAUCAACAGCGACAACCUUGACAACCUCGACAUCAACCACCAAGCCAGUCGCCACCGGAAAGGUGUCGAUUCCGGCUUCCUGCUCAGGAGCUGGAAAUGCUCAAUUCUCCUCAGUUCUGGCCAGUGGUUGGAAGGCUACCAAGGUCCUUGGUGGCCUUACCAGUCCAAGAAGCAUUGUUUUUGACUUGCUUGGAAACAUGUUGGUCAUUCAGAAUGGAAAGGGUAUUACAAUCCACACAAUGACUGCUGAGGGUUGCAUCUCGGCUACGAAGACCUUAGUCGCAGCGAACAAUCUGAAUCAUGGUAUCGCAUUGAGCAUAGAUGGUAAGACUUUGUACGCUAGUACCUCAACCACAGUCUACUCUUGGCCAUACACUGCUUCUUCGCAGACAGUGGGAACUCGAGGAACAGUUGUUACAGGAAUGUACAAUGGUGGCUCCCACACCUCUCGGACUCUUCUCAUAGCACCACAUCAGCCAAAUCUGUUGGUCGUCUCUCAUGGAUCAAACGCAAACUUCGAUACUGCUGCCGGCAACAAGGCAACUGCCCGAGCCAUCGUCAAGGUAUUCGAUCUAAGCAAAGCUCCAAGCGCUGGAUACAACUACGUUUCCCAAGGAUAUAAUGCGGGAUACGGCUUGAGGAACGAGGUGGGCAUUGUGUUCGACGGCAACAACAUGCUCUGGGGAGUUGAGAACAGUGGCGAUGACUUCAAGCGCACAGUCAAUGGACAAUCAAAGGAUAUCCAUAUUGAUAAUCCUGCCGAAAAGCUCAACUAUCUUGGAGAUGUGACAAAACCAAAUGACCAGUGGUAUGGAUACCCAACAUGUUUCGCAGUCUGGAAACCUAGCGACUUCACCGAUAGUGCCAAACAGGUUGGAGAUCACUUUGUGAUUUCUCCAAACGCAACAUUCAAAGACGACAACUGCAAAUCGCUUGUCACGCCACCUUCAUUGGUAUUCCAGGCCCACUCGGCUCCGAUCGACAGCAAAUUCGAUCCCACUUUCAGCACCAUGUAUAUAACAUUCCACGGUUCGUGGAAUCGAAGUCCGACCACGGGAUUCAAGGUAGUCGCCGUAGCUUUUACCAAGGGAAGCGAUGGAGUCUACAAGCCCGUCGCCCCAUUGACAAGCAACACAGCCGCCACCGAUAUCUUCUGGAAUCCAAACGUAGCAAACUGUGCUGGUAAUGGCCCUGUAGCUAGCUCUGGUUGCUUCAGACCUGCCGGCCUUGGUUUUGAUAGCAAAGGAAGAAUGUAUAUGACCAGCGACACCUCAACCAAUGGGGAGCUUUGGGUGUUAGGAAAGCCAUAA